UUAUCAGAUUGAUUAGGCCCGGGACGUCAAACCUUAAGCAUAUUGUUCCGGGCCCGGCCACGAAUCCUUCUCGUCAUGAGCCCGCUGAACAAGGAAUUGGCCAGGGACAGGUCCUGUUUGAGAGCAGGGUCGGUGGGCUGAGGGACAGUGUUCGCCUCGGUUAGCUAUUUGCUACACCCACCCAAACCCUAGUAGAUUGAGCAAGAGUUAGGUAUUAUAUCCCGCGAUUUCAAGCACCCUUGUUCCACACUCUUUUUUCAAUGGAGACUGUCCGUGAUACAUCCCCACUAGCUGUCUUGGACAGGUAAUGGCCGAGUGGCGUGAGAAUGCUCUCUCUCGUUCCUACCCCGCCAACCCCACCUCAAACCCUCAAUGAGGGCAUCUUACUGGAUACUUACUGGAUCUGGAAAGAUUGGAAAGAUGGGCCUGCGCUAGAAUUAGACGGAAGAAAAUGGACAAUUCAACGGCGGCAGCACGACAAGGCGGAGCAUAUUCUGAAAUACGUCGACACUGAUACUGGAGACAUUUGUCGGUUUAGUUACCUGGGAUAUAUUUUCGUUACCAGUUCCGUUGGGGGGUUGAGCCUUAAGGAUUGGGCCGAGAAGGGCUAUCGGGAAACUUACUUGGCAAGACAAUCGGAGCAAAAGCCGACAAAUGGUACGAACAUAUUCGGAUAAUAUAUGGAUACCCCUCACGUCCCCUUCCGUUUUUAAAUCAGCAUUAGUAUGAUACAAUUGAAUGGGAAAUCUCCAAAUAGCUGUGCGGUGGGAUAUUACAGGUAGUAGUGAAUGUUUAAUAAGGGUAGAAGAUGUAAAAAGUUGUGACAUGGAUACUCUGACACCCGUUCCCCCUCCCAUCCGCCGCUGGUAAGCGCCACUAUUCUAUACUAUCACACCAAAGGAAGGGGGAUGUUAUUGUUUGAGACACUUGAUUCUUCCCGAAUGCCUGAUCUCACAUAAAAUACACAGUAUCGUUGAGUAAUCUCCCUAUCCUAGUUGGGAGAUUGAGAGUGUCCUAAUAAUUUUCCUCAUCGGUGUUGAGAGCAGUUCAGAGGUUACUAGGGCAAUAAGGUCACUAAGCAAUGCCCAGGGUUGAAGCACCAAUUAAGUUAAAUACUGUCAGCUCAUUUAGUACAUUGGUCCAAGAUAUCAAAUAAUUACUUUUCAAGAUGAACAUAGCCUCGGCGGGGAACGGCAAUAUUGGCAUGUCGUCUGAAGUUAAGUCGAACGAUCUUGAAUGGGACGUAUAUAUAGGGGCAACCAGCAACCAACUGCCCUGCCUCCAAUAAAACAAGAUUGUAAUAUGCAAUAGAUUCAUGCAUAUAUGAGACCGAGAAAACAAGAACCCAGAGUAAAAAAAAGGUGCCAAAUCAGUCUGGCCAAGCCGAUGCGAGGUAAUUAAGUUGGAAAUGGAAAAUUAAGUCGACGGACC